CCAAUCUUAAAAAGCAAGUAGCUAGUUCAUUUACAGAAAAAGUCGCUAUUCCGGCUGCACGUCACGUCUGUCGAGAGAGAGACUCCCUCCUUCUGUCUCUCGCUACUUCCUUAAACUGCUUCAGAAAACAAAACCAGAUCAAGUAAAGACUACGACUGCUUCUGCACAGAUUGGGAAGUGCUGCUGUUCCAGUAAAGGAUGGCUCCCUUCCUCCGCAUCUCCUUCAAUAACUUCGACCUGGGCCCCCUGCCCCAGCUCACAGACCCCCCCUUCUGUGCUAUCAAGAUGAAGGAGUCCCUCAGCACAGAGCGGGGGAAGACCCUGGUGCAGCGCAAGCCCACCAUGUACCCUGCCUGGCAGUCCUGCUUCGACGCCCACGUCUACGAGGGCCGUGUGAUCCAGAUCGUGCUGAUGAAGUCCGCGGAGGAGCCCAUCUCCGAGGGCACCGUCGGGGUCUCUGUGCUGGCCGAGCGCUGCAAGAAGGCCAAUGGAAAGGCGGAGUUCUGGCUUGACCUCCAGCCAUCAGGCAAGGUGAUGAUGGCAGUCCAGUUUUUUCUUGAAGGUGGUACAGAUUGCAAGCAGGACGUCAAGGACGAGGACGGCGCGGUCACCAUCAGCCGGAGACGCGGCGCCAUCAAGCAGGCCAAGAUCCACUACAUCAAGAACCACGAGUUCAGCGCCACCUUCUUCAGUCAGCCCACCUUCUGCUCCGUCUGCAGGGAGUUCGUCUGGGGACUCAAUAAACAGGGAUACAAGUGCAGACAAUGCAAUGCUGCAAUUCACAAGAAAUGCAUCGAAAAAAUCAUCGGACGCUGCACCGGCACUGCAGCCAACAGCAGAGACACUAUGUUCCAGAAAGAGCGCUUCAACAUCGACAUGCCGCACAGGUUCAAGGCACACAACUACAUCAGCCCCACUUUCUGUGAUCACUGCGGCAGCCUGCUCUGGGGGCUGGUAAAGCAAGGGAUACAAUGCGAAGAUUGUGCCAUGAACGUGCACCACAAGUGCCAGACCAAAGUGGCCAAUCUGUGUGGAAUCAACCAGAAAAUGUUGGCAGAAGCUCUGUCUCAAGUCAGCCAGAAACAUAUCGUUAUCGGGAAAUCUACCAGGAAAUCGGAUUCCAAUCUAGCAGAUCCUUCGGGUAUGGCCAUUUAUCAAGACUUCCUCAAGGGCAACUCCAUCCCUGGCCUGGACGCCAACGCAGAUGGAUCCCAGUAUGACAAGCUGUGGGAGGGGACCUCUCCCAGGACUCCAGCCACAAUCUCGUCCAGCCUGCGCAAGCUCAACAUAGACAACUUUGUGAUGCACAAGGUGCUCGGCAAAGGCAGCUUCGGAAAGGUGCUGCUGGCGGAGCUCAAGGGACGGGGCGAGUUCUUCGCUAUCAAAGCCCUUAAGAAGGACGUGGUGCUGCUGGACGACGAUGUGGAGUGCACCAUGGUGGAGAAGAGGGUCCUCGCGCUGGCCUGGGGUAACCCCUUCCUCACACACCUCUAUUCUACCUUCCAGACCAGGGAGCACCUCUUCUUUGUGAUGGAGUAUUUGAACGGAGGAGACCUGAUGUUCCACAUACAGGAGAAAGGACGCUUCGACCUCUACAGAGCCACGUUUUAUGGAGCUGAAAUAGUUUGCGGGUUGCAGUUUUUGCAUGCCAAAGGAAUUAUCUACAGGGAUCUGAAGCUGGACAAUGUGAUGCUGGAUAAAGACGGACAUGUCAAAAUCGCAGACUUUGGGAUGUGCAAGGAGAAUGUGUUCACAGAGAACAUGGCGAGCACGUUCUGUGGGACUCCCGAUUACAUUGCACCCGAGAUCCUGCUGGGACAUAAGUACUCGUUCUCUGUGGACUGGUGGUCGUUCGGCGUGCUGCUGUACGAGAUGCUGAUUGGCCAGUCUCCCUUCCAUGGGGAUGAUGAGGAUGAGCUGUUUGAGUCGAUCCGCAUGGACACUCCUCACUAUCCCCGUUGGAUCACCAAGGAGACCAAGGACAUCCUGGAGAAGCUGUUCGAGAGGGAACCAACGAAGAGGCUUGGCAUUGUAGGAAAAAUCAAACUACACCCCUUCUUUAAAACCAUCAACUGGACUGCCCUGGAGAAGAGAGAGGUGGAGCCCCCAUUCAAGCCCAAAGUGAAAUCGCCCAGCGACUGCAGUAACUUCGACAAGGAGUUCCUGAGCGAGAAGCCCAGGCUGUCCCACACCGAUAAGAACCUCAUCGAAUCCAUGGACCAGACGGCCUUCAGCGGCUUCUCCUUCAUCAACCCCAAGAUGGAGAAGCUCUUGUAGAAGUGAAGCCGGGCACGGUCGCUCCUGGGGUUCAACACUACCCCUUCGGUUAUUGACAACUUAUUUGGCCUUGAUCGAUUAUCUGACCCAAAAGCGAUUGGUACGAUCUGUGAUUGAUCGUGUUUCCGAUUGGGACCUGAAGAUAAAACGGACCAGCGCCACUGCUACCGAGAAGUUCUGUCCCUCUCUCUUCCUGUAGAAAACCAGACACUCCAUUAAAAAGGGCUGGGAGGUGUGAGUGCUAACCGGGCCUUAUUUCAGUGCAGCCCCCCCUUCUGCUGUAAGGGAAAAGAGAGGUACGGUUUUAUUUGAAAAAGUUAACAAGUGAAAAGAAGAUCUUCAGGAUUGAUCGUGAUCAUCUGUAGCCCAUAUAUUGAUAACCGAAAAUGUUUUUAUCCUCCAACCCUGACUGUACCUGGGUUCCAACGUCCGUCAAAUGCAAGACGGGUAGAUGGAGCGAUAGAUAGAUAGGUAUGUAGAUGGAUAGAUAGAUAGAUAGAUAGGUAUGUAGAUAGAUAGAUAGAUAGGUAGGCAGGUAGUGGGAUUGAUAAGAUACAAACAGAGAUGGGGCAUGUCCAGUGUUAUAUAACAAAGUGAGUGGGAUGUGGGGAGGACAAUCUGCUGUAAACCUGCUAUAGAUAUUAUAGAGAUAGAGAUGACAUAUAGAGAUAGGUAUAAUAAUCUAACAAGAAUAAUGUACUGUAUUGUGAUAGUAAUUUACCCAAAUCGACCCUCACUCUCACACGGUGACGAGAGCACAACAUGAUUGUUACUAGAUAGUAUUUUCUGCAUGCGACGGGUUGCCAGGGUAAUGUUCUUGUGUGUAUGUAGUCUGUGGGUGUGGAUUAUUAUUUUAUUAUUUUCUCUGGGGUGUGCGGCAAUUCCCAGCUCCAGACCUGUCUUUGUUACAGCCAGCACUUGUAUUUAUUUGAAUCCUGCGCUGCAUUCCUCUGCACAAACAUUGCUCUGUGUGCGGGUUUUAAAGAACGAGACGGCCCCUCCGACGCUGCGCACACACAGGAUGGGGGCAGGGUUAUUUGAAUUGGCACCUGCUGCAGUACAAACCUGGGCUGCUGGUGGGAGCCCCUGUUCUGUUGUAUCAGAUGAUUGGGAAUGUGUGUGAUGUUACGUGAAUGUAGUUCUCAUACGAGAAGAGGAAUAGUAAGAUGCUGUACAUAUUCUAUUGCUCUAGCAGACAUGUUAUUAUUGGUGUGUUACGGAAAUGCUUUUUUUAAAAAUCUCUAAUAAAGUUAAACAUCACAGA